AUGUCGAGUACUUGUUCUGCAGGCGUGAACUUUACAGUGUCGCAAUUUCUUGCUCGAAUCAAGAAAUUGUCCAUGUUGCAACACAUAAAAAACAAUGCCAGUCAAAACAACUUACGCUUUCCUCAACAUCAUAAAUUAUCGACAGCUUCAUGGAAUGAGGCACCCAACUUAAAUACAGCUCUUGUCUCGAAAAAUAAUAUUGAAAUUAGAGUUCUGGAUGCAUAUCAAUAUGUAAUUAACCUUUUGAGUCCACUUAAAAUAAACCAAUGUUUACGAAAUCAACAAAAAAUAUCUAUUGAAGAACUCAGUUCAGCAAUCGCUCAUCAUUUAGGACAAUCAUGGGCAAAAGAAAUCGAUGAGAAUAUAAACGAAGAUUCCGAUGUUGAAUCAGAUAAUGAAACAGACAAUAAGAUGACAAAUGAUCUUGCAAGUAAUUGUGAUAGUGAUGAAGAUUUGGAAUUCGAUGGUGGUUUCGACGUUAUCAACAAUGUUACAACAUCUGCAAAUCAUUGUAAUGAUGAUAGUGAUGAAAACAAUACAUUUCAAUCAUAUGUGUAUCUUCAAUGUCCCAAAGGAAAAUUUGCAUGGAAUAAUUUUCGUUUCAUUGAGAAUUUUAAAUGUUUUAAUGAAUAUAAUGAUUGUAAUGUAACUGAUGAAAUUAGUUGUCCACCUCGUAUUUGUUAUAGAACAGAUAGUAUGAAAUAUUCAAAUAGUAAUAUUUGUAUAUUAUAUAAAAAACAUGAAAAUAAUUAA